UAACGUCCCUAUUAAGCUUUUCAAGUAAUAUUCAGAAAACAAUUUAAAGCGUUUCCGUUUUAUGUUCUGCGCUACACAGCUCGAGAAAGGUUCAAUGCCCCUAUCGGAGUUGGACGCGAACCGUAUUUACUCUUUAUAUAGUAAAUUAUAUAUGAUUGUUCUUAUCUGGUGGUCUUGAAUUGUAUACCAUGUUAUAAAACAUCUAAUUUUCUCCUUGUGUUAGAGGCCACAGCAAGAGUAUAAGAACACUGGGCGAGAAGAAGAAAAAGAACAAGAUGUCUGGCGCGAUGAAGGCGCUGUUGGUUGUUCUGCUCCUUGCUCUCGUCGCUGUGGUGGUGCUGGCUGUGGUCAUCAUAAAGAUCAGGGACGACGACAAAGAGGUCGUUAAGGACACACAAGAAGAACUGGCUGAUAGAUAUAAAGAAACUUGCCUGACUCCAACAUGCGUAUCAGCAGGGAUCUUGGAAGAACCUCCCUCAGAUGAUGAUUUGAAAUCUGUGAGGAGUGCCAAAAACCUUUACCAGUCUUGUCGUGACCUGGAGACGAUAGACAAACGUGGCGACCAGCCCUUCAAGGACUGGCUCAAGGCCAAGAUGGGAGACUGGCCUCUGAUCUCUUCAGCUUGGAACGAUGCCACGUUUGAUCUUACUGACGUCUUGAUCAGAGCAGCCAACAAAGGGUCUCGCCCUCUGAUAGGACUCGUAGUAGAUCAAGACUUCAAAAACCCGAGCGUACACAUAUUGACGUUGGGCCAACCUAGUUUUGGCAUGCCGAGUCGGAAGUCCUACCUGGUCCCUCGAAAUGACACAAUGCUCAUGGCCUACCAGACAUUCAUCUACAAUGUGGCAGAGACCCUGGGGUUUGCCAACCCCGACACAGCCCAGCAAGAUGUGAAGGACAUUGUGGAUUUUGAAAUAAAGCUGGCACAGAUUUCUGCCUCUCAAGAGAAGAGACGAGAUGCAGAGAGCCAGUACAACCCGAUGACCUUGGCUGAAGUACAUGGGAACUACAGUACGGCAAAAUUCGACUUCACGAAGUUUGUGACUUCAUUGCUGAAAACACCGGAAGUGGGAGUCUCAGACGUGACAGGAAAUGAAAUCAUCAUUAACUUCGCCCCUCAAUACUUUCGCAAGUUCGGAGACGUCAUCAGCCGCACCCAGAAAAGGACUUUAGCAAACUACGCGUUCUGGCGAGUUGCUCAGGACUACGUGGGAACCUUAUCAAAACCCUACCGACAACUCGACUUUGAGUACAACAAGGUCCUACAUGGUAUCACAAGAGAGCAGCCAAGGGACAAAAUGUGCACGAGUUACACCAAAGACUCAGCUGGCUUUGUCAUUGGCAAAACUUUUGUCGAGCGGCACUUUCAACCCGAAACCAAAACCACGAUCCUGGAUAUUGUCGCUGGUUUACGGUCUGUUUUUAAUGAGCAAGUAGAUGAAAUCUCCUGGAUGGACGAAGACACGAAAAGACUUGCCAAGGAAAAGAAUGCAGCCAUUAGGGUCAAGAUUGGUUACCCGGAGUUCCUGACCAAUGCAACACAGUUAGAGGAUACUUUCUCAAACGUAGACAGUUCGACAAGACCGGACACUUGAAGCAGUGGUGGAGCGACUCCGCUAUCCAGAAGUUCAAAGACAAGGCACAGUGCAUUGUAGACCAGUAUAGUGCUUAUGUGAUGGAGGACGUCGGGAUGAACGCCUAUAGAAACUGGGUAAAAACAAGAGGAAAAGAGGAACCUACCUUACCUGGACUCAAUUACUCAAACAACCAACUGUUCUUCCUCAGUUAUGCUCAGCUCUGGUGUGGCCUGGUUAGGAAAGAGAUUGUCAUACAACAGAUCAGGUCAGGUCCACACAGCCCAGGGCGCUAUAGAACUAUUGGUCCAACCCAGAAUUCCGAGGACUUCUCCCGAGAGUUCAAUUGUCCCCAAACGUCCUACAUGAACGCAGAAAAGAAGUGUCGAGUGUGGUAGAAAGGAAAGGAAAUAGAAGAAUUUAUGGCUAGCAGGACAAAGUGAUGGCUGGAGUCAAUUGACCUUUCUGUAAAAACACAACAAAAUUUUGUUUUCGUAACAGUUUAGACUGCCAAAUAACAGCGGAUGUACAACUGUACAGGUUUUAGUCACUUCAUAUGAAAAGAAAGGUCUUUAUGCUUAUUUUGCGACUGGCCUGAAGCCAAUAGAUAAAUGGCGGGUGAAACUGGCGAAACAGGAACUGAUAAGUAUAACUACACGUACCAGUUUACACAUUAACGUAAUGACUAAAAGACUUACCAUGACAAAAACGUCCGUCGAUAAAAUGGUACAAAACAAUUUACAUCGUUAUAAGAAAUGUGCCGAGGUCAGCAGGGAACUGGUAAGGGAACUAAAACUUAACACCACUGCAGUUUUGUUUCUUGUGGGAGGAGAUGCAAAGUAGUCGACAUCUGUUUUUUGUUUUCAUUGUUUUGUUUUGUUUUGUUUUUUCCUUUAAACCCCCCCCCCCUCUAUAUUACAGGGUUUUUUUUCAGAACUGACCCUAAUAUAUGCUGUAGUAGGCAUUGAUACUUAAUCUACAGUCCAUACCUAAUUGUCCUUUCAUCUAAGAUUACAUUGUUGAAAAUAUUAGCAAGAAAACAUUAGAGCGAUAUAAGUAUGUUGAAGUAGGAAGUAGCAGAACGCUGGUCUUGCAGCUCAGGAGAUCAAGGCCUGAUGCUUGAGGCUCAAAUCCGAAAAGGGUCAGACUCUUAUACUAGACGGAACAAUACGAGUAGACUUAUAAUCUUAAUUUAGUGUUCUGAAAAAGAGGGCGGCGCCAAAUGUCCCACCCUAGAAAUGACGUCCAUUGGAUUUUCAGGAGUUGAUAAUCGUAGACAGUUAAAAACAAGAAUAACAACUAUAAGAAAUCAAACCAACAUCACAGCUAUCUGAAGGAUUUAAUACGAAAGAAAACAUUUAUAAAGUUUGGCUUUCAUUCAUUCAACGCUUUUUUUCCCUUCAAAAUAAUAAUAAUUGUUCUAAAGGGAGAGGAAAGCAGUUCGCAAGAAAACUGUAAUAGAGACAGAGAAGCAUGUGGGAGGUUAUGAUGUUAGCAACAUUAAUAAGGAAACGGUAGGCUUACAAAAUGUCCAUCAUGAUUAGAUGUCGUUUGACGUAGAGUAAUAGUUAACCAGAACGGGGAUCUAUCUCGAAUACUUGUAACAAAAAUUGUACAAUAAAAAUUAUUAAAAUGUGAAUAAAUAUGUAUAUGUAUUUUUUCUCAA